AGGCGGGCGGGGGAGUCCCCGAGACACCCGGGCAGGGCCGCAUUUAAGGAGCGGCGUCGGAGCGCGGUAGCCCGGUCGACGCGUCUGCAGCCGCCACCAUGCCCGUCAAAGGAGGCACCAAGUGCAUCAAGUACUUGCUCUUCGGCUUCAACUUCAUCUUCUGGCUUGCAGGGACAGCAGUGCUUGCAGUUGGACUAUGGCUUCACUUUGAUUCACAGACCAAAAGUGUCUUUGAACUGGAACCGGACACAAAGUUUUACACAGGUGUUUACAUCCUUAUUGGAGCUGGUGCUCUUAUGAUGCUGGUUGGUUUCUUGGGAUGCUGUGGUGCAUCACAGGAAUCUCAGUGUAUGCUUGGCCUGUUCUUCUUCUUCCUUUUCGUGAUUUUUGCCCUUGAAAUUGCUGCUGGGAUCUGGGGAUUUUCAAAUAAAGAAAAGAUUAUUGAUGAGUUAAAGGAGUUCUACAUGGACACCUACAGAAAGAGAACUCAGACAAGUGCCAGAGACACCCUGAAAGCAUUUCAGUUUGCUCUAAACUGCUGUGGCCUUACUGGAGCUGUGGAGCAGCUUUACAUGGACACCUGUCCAGCAAAGACACUGUCUGAGUCAUUCUCUAUCAAGUCCUGCCCUGAUGCCAUUGAUGAUGUCUUCAAAUCCAAAUUCAACAUCAUUGGAGCAGUUGGCCUUGGCAUUGCUGUAAUGAUGAUUGUUGGCAUGAUAUUCAGUAUGGUUCUGUGCUGUGCCAUCCGCAGGGAAAGAGAGAUGGUCUAAGAGCUGUAAACCCAAGAUUCCUGCACUAUAAAAAUCCUCACCAUUAACUUCCGCGUUCUGAGAGCAUUUCUAAAACGUUAUAUAUUUGUUACCUUUUUAAUGCUUUAUUUGGUACUGAUGUAGGUUUGCUUUUUAUGUUACAGGUUAAAAUGAUAAAGGUUUAUCUGAUUCAAGACAAACAUUGUACAUAAAAUAUCUGACUUUAUUGUAACUUGCAUAAUUUGGAUGUAAUUUAUGUUGGACACAAUUUGAUACUUAAUAAAGAGUAAGAUGUAUUGUUUGUGGGGGAGAGGAGAUGUUGCUAUGUUGAAUAAUCCCACUGUUUGAUGCAUAGCAAGGAGUUGAAGUUGUAGAACAUGUUCAGUGUUUUUGAGAUAAUGCAGGAAAGCACUCCUGUGCCAAUGCUCCAUGUUGGAAGGGAAGGGGAGAUGCUGUCAGAGCAUGUCAGGGAAGGUGUGGUCAUUCCUCUUUCCUUGGUGUGUGUGAAUGAAAGCAGGUCUUAAAUACAUUCCUAAAAUGUCACUGCUGUAACACUUUUACUGUCACCUCCCUGGAGGGUGGAGAAGGCUGGCUGUCACACAGGUGAUGUGCAGGCAGUGAUAGCUCAAUGCAGCCAGGCUGGGCUCUGUCUUGGGGCCAGCUGGGCUUCCUGACAUCAGCCUGUCUGCUGCCACAACUGUGCCCUGGCAUGGCCUUGGGCCCUUGGCAGGGCACAUUGCCUGGUGAAUGCUCAGGAUUAUUUUGCUGGCUGGCUUUUGGCUUUGUUUCCCUAAAGCCAGUGAGGUGCAGUCUCAAGGGCUUACAACAAGUGUGCCAAAUCUCAGGUUUCCAAGUGGAAUAAACCAAAGUUGCAUGAGCAGUUAAGUGUCCAGCUCUGCAGUUGCAGAGUUGAGGCUGUCCUGUUUCAGUUUAAAUAUGGGUAUGGGAGGGAGCAGAGACACCAGUGUGGAACUCUUAGCCUAAAGAAUUACCAAGUUGUCCAGUAUUUCUACUCUAAAUGGCUUUUAAGUGUCUUUUUUGUCUCUAAAAUACUUCCUGGUGGGGGCUACCUAUGGGCUUACCAGCAGAUUGAUGUGCUGUUCCUGUACCUGGUGCUCACUUACUGUACAAUCUCAUCUGUGUUCUUGGAAGCUUCUGGUCUCCGGCCUCUGGGUAAUACAAAUGUCUGAGUAAUCCUUGCUUGUUCCCCUCUUUCUCCUCUGAGGAGGUUGGUAUUUAUUAUGUGAAAUACCAGAAUUGGUGGGUGUCAGGCUCUGCUGAUGUAUGAAUGUAUUGUCACCUUUGUGUUACCUACUGUCACUUGUGUAAGGGAACCAUGCAACUCUCCUUUGUAACACGUUGCACUGUUCUGUGUUCAUAGGCCUUCUUUAAAAAAAAAUAAUUCAAAAAAGUCAAA